UGCUGCAGAAACUCUGAGAGCAAACAGAGUCUGCUGUGGGACUCCUCUGAACACUCCUCACACUGUCAGCAUCUGACCUGGAUAUUAGUGACAGAAAACUCUUUGUUUGAACUUCAAUAUGGAGACUACAGGGCUGCUGCUGCUGCUGCUGCUGCUUAACCUCAGUGGAGCCUUCUGUGCAGCUGUGGAGUGGACAGAACUAAAUGAAGCAAAGGCCUAUUUGAAGCAGUUUGGAUACCUGAGCGACUACGCUGAUCCACAGGACCCUGAAAACCUGGAGCAGGUCAUAGAAGCUCUCAGGGUUUUUCAGAGAGUGAGCGACCUGCCACCUACUGGAGAGCUAGAUGAAGCCACUCUGAGUGUGAUGAGAGCGCCCCGCUGUGGCAUGGAGGACAACUUCAACAAGAAACAGCACAAAUACAAAGUAAAUGGUCGUUGGAGAAAGAAGAGUCUGACUUACCGCAUCUACAACUACACACCUGACAUGAAGAAAUCUGACGUGGAUGCAGCCAUAAGCUCUGCCUUCAAGUACUGGAGUGAUGUGACUCCUCUGACGUUCAGGGAGGUCAGCUAUGGAAGAGCUGACAUCAAGAUCUCCUUCCAUAAGAAAGACGGCUGCUUUGUCCCAUUUGAUGGCCCUGGUCAUGUUUUGGCCCAUGCUGAGUCACCAGAAUCUGGUAUAGUCCACUUUGAUGAAGAUGAGUUCUGGACUGAGGGGACAUAUUACGGCUCUAAUCUACGUAUUGUAGCAGCUCAUGAGAUUGGGCACGCCAUCGGCCUGCUUCACUCAGAGUUUAGGAGAGCUCUGAUGGCUCCGGUCUACACUGGAUACCAGGCCAACUUCAGGCUGCAUUUUGAUGACAUCAGAGGCAUCCAGGCAUUGUAUGGUAAACAGGUCAGCAGCACUUUACCAGGAUCGACCUACUCAGGCACUCAGACUCCAACAGAGAGCAGCCAUGAGACUGAGAGUAUACCUGACCCCUGCACUGCUGACCUGGAUGCCAUCAUGUUGGGUCCAUGGAGGAAAACAUUUGCAUUCAGUGGUGAUUACGUCUGGACCAUCUCUGAUAUGGGACACAAUACACCAGUUAAGAUCACCCGGCUCUGGACGACUCUUCCUGGGAACCUGAAUGCUGCUGUGCACUCUCCAAGAACCAACAAGACAUACUUUCUCAAAGGCAGCAAAGUGUGGAGGUACACCGGCUUCAGUCUGGACUGGGGCUACCCCAAAGAGGUCAAAAAGAUCCCUCACAGUAUCGAUGCAGCCCUGUACCUGGAGAAGAACAAGAAACUGGUCUUUAUCAAGGGUUCAGAUCACUGGCAGUGGGACGAGAUGAAGUACAAUGACUUAUCCUUCUACCCUAAACCGCUCUCCAUGCUCUUCUCCGGGGUCCCCUCCAGUCCGGAUGCAGCCUUCACCUGGACCAAUGGGAAGGUGUUCUUCUUUAAGGGGGACGAGUACUGGCGCAUGAAUGAAAUGCUGCGGGUCGACAGAGGAUACCCACUGAGCAAGAAGGAGCGCUGGAUGCAAUGCUAGGGGGUCCACCACCAGAGGGCAACAGGUACAAAGAGGUGAUCAACCAGCAGGGGGCGCUGGUUCCACUCUAGGGGCAUUGACAACUAUGGAACCUCAACGACAGUGAUUCAUAGCUGAGCUGAUUUUAUUUCACUGGAUCUGAAUUCAAACAAGUGACUCCCUGCUCCAGCAGGAUUAUUGUUUAGUUUCUGAGCAUAAAUGAGUUUGUUUUUGUGACUGCGUGUGUGUGUUAUGCAACUUUUGUAUGAUCUCAAGGAGAAAUCAAGGAAUGCCUUCUGUUUUUCUCUCAAACAUAUGUCUUGGAUUAUGUGUCUUAAUACUUUCUGUAAGAUGUAAUAUGAUGGGAGUGUGCACUUUCUGUUAAGCCUUUAUUAUGCAACGCUUUAAAAUGUAGCUAAACACAUCCAUUAUCUUGUGAAUCACACUGGACUGUGAGAAAUCAUGUGGCUUACGUGUGUGUCUUAAGUGAAACUUUUUCUACAAUUACACAAGACGUGAUGUCCGCUGUUAAACUGUCUUUUUGACUGCAGUUUCUUGCACCAAAAGUGGUACAAAGGCAAAUUGUUCAUUGUGAUCAAAGCCUGGUCUUUACUGUAUUGUCUGACACAAAAAAUACUUGCACCAUGGCAACCCCAACCACUUGCAGAGUAGGAAAUCCUCUCCAUGACCUUCUUUUUUGUUCAUGAAAAUCUGAUGAGUAAUGCCAGUGUUGCAAAGAGCUCAAAGAAACAAACAGUGUAAUUUAUCAGACUUAACCAAAGAGCAGAAUCUGGUUUUUGUAUCAAACACAUUUAUUUAUCUUUAACAUUUCUAUCAACAGGUAUGUACAUGUUCAGGUAACAAAGUGCUUUGUCCCUGCCAAUUCCAAACAACAAAAGGUAUCAUUAUUUAAAAAUCUACAAAUGAACAACAGACAUGCUUUGUUUUUUUGCCCUUUUUUCAAAUCUACCAUGUACUUUGUCAUUAUAUAAAAUAAAUUAUAAAAAGUUUA